AUGGGGAGAACGACAAUGGUAACGAGUCGCUACCCUGUGCUGACCGCAGACCAGGAGAAGAAGGUGACGGAGCUGAUCAAGGUUAUGAAGGAGAAGUAUGACCCGCUGCCGCCGCUGCUCCUCGCUCUGCAGCGGUACACCCCCGAGGUAGCGGGCAACGCAAGCCAUGACGCCGCACCCGGCACGUUCUUCUCCCCUAUCCGCAACUACUGUUACCGCUUCCUCACCUCCCGUAGGUGGGAUCUGCAGAUGGCGUUCGAGAUGAUGCAGCUGUCUGUCAGCUACCGCGAGGAGAAUGCGCUCGACUCGCGCGCAGAGCUGCCGAGCGCUGUGAGCUGUCGGGGAUGGGACCAAGAGGAAGUGCGAGCAGCCUUGGAUAAGCCGACUCGCCCAACAAACCAGCGGCUGGACUUCCUCAGCACCGGCAUCGCACAGUACUUCACCUUAGGCCUCCAUUACUGGGAUAAGUAUGGACAACCCGUAGUAUACCUCAACCUUGGCAGCAUCGAUGUGUCGGGGCUGCUCAAAAAGCUGGAGCAACUUGCCAACGUCGGCCAGACACCAGAUUUGGUCAUGUGGGAGCUGGUGCAGCACCUCAUUGGUGUGCAGGAGCAGCUUCUCUUCUACCAGCAGAUGCAGUACACAGCCGGCAAACUGAACGCUGAAGCGGAUGACGGGCUCAUCCGCUCCUCCACCAUCGUUGUUGACCUCCAUGGACUAACCUUCACGAUGCUGCGGAAGGCGGCUUUGGACCUCUUCGCGAAGACGCUGCGGACCCUCUUUCAAUACUACCCCCAGUGCGUACAUCAGAUCCUGGUGGUGAAUUCACCAGCGAUGGUGAUGUUUGCCUACAACAUCGUGCGCGUCGCAUUUUCGCCUGGGAUGCACGAAAAGUUGCGUCUCAUCAGCGCCGCCGACACCCCGGCCACCAUGAAGGACUUCAUUGAUGCUCAGUUUGUACCCGACUACCUCGGUGGCCUGUGCCACUGUGAAGGCGGUUGUAUCAGUGGCUACGACCUCCACUUAAAAAAAAAUGACGAAGGAUGA